CUGGCUGUCCACCGCGAGGCGCAACCCGCACCAAUGGCGCACGGACGGAGCGCACGAGAUGAUGAGGGAGAUCUGCACAUCCCCCGCUUUAACCCGCAUGACUCCCCGUCUGUUCUUUCCCCGCAGGUCCCGACUGCUGUCCCCAGAACAUCUCCCGCGCAGACGGCCCCUCAAACACUUCUGCAGGCGUGUUAUAGGCGUGGGCGGCCCGGUCGAGUGCGUCAGGUACCUCAGCAGGUGGAGGUGGGGCGCGUGGCCGCGGUGGCCGGCCCUUCAGUGCCCUCCACCGACCCGGGUGAGACGUACGGUAUCAAGGUAAUGAUACAAGGGAGUACUUACCAGGCAAUGGUGGAUUCGGGCUGCGGGCAGACCAUGAUCCACCAGAACCUGGUUCGACCCGGGGCUUUGAGGCAUGCAACACGGCUAAAAAUCCGGUGUGUUCAUGGGGAUGUGCACGAGUACCCGAUUGUGCCAGUUGAAAUUUGGUAUGAUGGCCAAAAGCAUAGGGUGGAGGUAGCUGUAAGUACGCACCUCUCGCACCCCGUAAUUUUGGGCACAAAUUGGCCGGGGUUUAGGCGCUUACUGACACAAUGCGUAGGAGUGCGUUCACAGACCGUAGGGAAAGGGAGUAUCUGCGCAGUUCUCAGUGGCGAGGCGGGGCCAUCCGACACUGCCGAACGGGAACCGGCGGAUGCUUCGCGGGAAGCCUCCCCGCCCCCCUAUUGGCGUCCUACGGAGGAUUUUCCACUUGAGCAGUCUCGAGACGAAACUUUUCGCGCGGCCUGGGACCAAGUAGAUUAUAUAGACGGUCGGCCGAUGCGCCCGGGAACAGCGCGGUUAUUCCCUCACUUCUCCAUUAUGAGAGACAGAUUAUACCGAGUGACCCGUGACACUCAAACAGGAGAGGAAAUCACCCAGUUGUUGGUGCCAAAACGCCGCCAGGAAAUGGUUUUCCAGGCGGCGCAUAUUAAUCUUAUGGCUGGAUAUUUGGGGUAUGAUAAAACACUGAAUAGGGUCACGGUCCGGUUCUAUUGGCCGGGCAUCCGGGCAGACGUGCGCCGCAGGUGCGCCGCCUGUCCGGACUGCCAGCUGGUGAAACCAGCGGCCACCCCGAAGGUCCCUUGCGCCCAUUGCCGCUCAUGGAGGUCCCAUUCGACAGAAUUGGGAUGGACCUCAUCGGACCAUUUCACCCGAGUUCACGGGGGUAUCGCUUUGUGUUAGUUCUGGUAAAUUACGCAACGCGCUACCCCGAAGCAGUGCCGCUGCGCUCCAUCUCUGCAAAGAGUGUGGCGCAAGCGCUGUUUCAGGUCAUUUCCCGAGUUGGAAUCCCGAAAGAGAUUUUGACUGACCAGGGCACGUCCUUUAUGUCACGCACGAUAAAGGAACUGUACGGAUUAUUGGGAAUUAAAGCAAUCCGCACCACCGUGUACCAUCCACAAACGGAUGGGCUGGUGGAGCGACUAAACAAAACGCUAAAUACCAUGAUCCGUAAGUUUACGCACAAGGACAAACCAAAUUGGGAUAAAUGGCUGGAUCCUCUCAUGUUUGCGAUGCGGGAGGCACCCCAAUCCUCCACUGGCUUUACGCCUUUCGAGCUAUUAUAUGGCAGAAAACCACGCGGAGUGUUGGACGUAAUUAAAGAAAGUUGGGAGGAAAGUCCAAGCUCCAGCAAAAAUGAAGUGCAGUACGUUCUGGACAUGCGAGCAAAACUCCACACGGGGGCGCACUUGUCUUGUGAGAAUUUGCUCACGACAACAGCGCACGUAUAACAAGGGGAUCAAGCUAAGAAAAUUUUCACCGGGAGAAAAAGUCCUUGUAUCACUCCCAACAUCCGUCCCAUCCUUUACAUCAGCCGUAAGCAGUCUGAAAGGGAGGCCAGGUACAGCACAGUAGAGAGGGAGUGCCUCGCCAUCAGGUGGGCGGUCGGGGCCCUCCGAUACUACCUCCUGGGGCGCUCAUUCAGCCUCUGCUCGGACCACAAACCCCUCUAGUGGCUCCACCGCAUGAAGGAUGCCAAUGCGCGGAUCACCCGUUGGUAUCUGGCUUUGCAACCCUACAACUUCAGAGUGAUCCACAGACCGGGUGCACAGAGGGCUGUGGCCGACUUCCUGUCCUGCUCUCUUCCAGGAGGGGGGGGGGUUGGCGUGACUGGACGACGUCCCGGCCUGAGUCUGGCGAUGGAGGUAUGUGAUGGGCGUGGCCUUUGCACCUGCGGGGAAGCGGGGUGUGGCAGGGCCGGCCUAGAGGUUGGCGACAGGUGAUUGGAUGUGUUUGUCGCUCUGUAAAAGGCCGCAGUCGGGAGGCGGGGGGAGAGAGAGACGGACAUAUCGUUGCUGGCAACAGAAAGACUGUGUGGAAAUGAGAGACAAAUUGCUGUAAAAAAAAGUCAGGUUUAUUGAAAAAUAAAACAUUGUUGAACCUAAA